CUCUCUCCCUCUCUGUGUGCUGGAAACGCAGGUGUUGCAGGGAUAUCUCUCUCCCACACACACACACACACACUCUCUCUAUGGAGAAACAGAAGCGCUGUGCGCAGGAAAGAGUGUAAAUGAAGCUCUCUCCAUCGGUUGGAGGCUCUCCGCCUGCUGUGGAUGGAUUUCUCAGGAUUUCUCCUGCUCAGAUCCAGCCAAAUACAUCCCGCUUUCAGGAAUACACCCUCGCAUCCGUCCGGGAUAUGAGCUCCUGAUCUUCCUCAUUCAGUGAGGAAGCAGUGCUGGAUGUUCUGGAAUUAUUGCCCAGUUCUGAUUCUGUGCUUCAUGCAUGACUCUCCUCCUGAUUGGAUCUGAUCAGUUUUGGAUGUGAACGCGAGUCUUCAGGAUUGCCCGAGAGGAUUUUAUCUCGCACUCUUCAGAUGUGAAUCCCGGCUGCAUUUCUCCAGGAUUGCGAGCGCGUGUUUCUUCUUGAAGAAGGCGUCUGUGUGUGUGUGUGUGUGUGUGUGUGAGUGAGCAUUAUGGGCUGGCCGGUGUGCUGAAGUGUGUGUUCGGCCUCUGGGAAGAUGUUUGGAGGCUGGAGGCUGGUGGUCUGGCAGAUUUUUGCGGAGAUCAUCAUCCGGGGUUUCGGCUUCUGGAUCUGCCUGUUCCUCACAGCUCUGUCUGUGGGCAUGAUUUCCGGAUCGGAGACCAUCAGCAGGACACGACACAUCCAGAAUACACACUCUGUGCCCAUCAACAGGUCACCGGGGUCUCUGCGGGCAUGGCAGGCCGGCUCCUCAUAUGUGUUUGGCAAGCAGGGUGGUGUGAUCACGUACUCCUGGCCUCCUCAUGACCGUCCCAGCACGCGUGUGGACCGGCUGGCCCUGGGCUUCAUCACGCUGAUGGAGGACGCUACACUGGUACGAGUGGACAGCUCCGCAGGCCUGGGGGACUACCUCAAACUGCACAUCGUAAAAGGCAACGUUGUGGCUGUGUUUAAUGUGGGCACGUAUGACAUCAACAUCGAGGAGAACGCAAAGCUCGUAAAUGAUGGGAAUUACCAUAUAGUGCGCUUCACGAGGAGCGGCGGCAAUGCCACACUGCAGGUGGACGAUCUGCCGGUUAUUGAGCGAUUCCCGCCAGGACACAUUGAUAGUCACCGGCUGGGAACUGGUAGACUUCCAUAUCGGCGGCUAGUUGAAGAAUCGCUACCGAAGAAUGGCCGUCAGCUCACCAUCUUCAACAGUCAGAUGACGAUCCGCAUCGGCGGCUGGCAGAAGCAGCAGGUCUCCGGCUUCCAGGGUCAGAUGUCAGGCUUUUAUUACAACGGCCUGAAGGUGUUCAGCAUGGCUGCGGACGGAGACCCAAACGUGCGCAUAGAGGGCAGCGUGCGGCUGGUUGGAGAGCUGCAGUCCUCCUCUACACCACACGGCGGCGCCACUGUCUAUCAGAGCACAGUGACGGAGAUCAGCAGCACCACCAGUAACACCAUCACCAUCACAUACAGCACACCUUCAGAAGACCAGCAGACUACAGAUGAGCUGUUAGUGGCGUCUGCCGAGUGCCCUAGUGAUGAUGAGGACAUUGACCCGUGUGAGCCGAGCUCAGCGGGCCCCACAGGCCCCGGGGUCAGCAGUUUCCCGGGCCCGGCGGAGGUUUUCCGGGAGUCCAAUGGCACCACAGGGAUGGUGGUGGGCAUCGUGGCGGGCGCGGCGCUCUGCAUCCUCAUCCUCCUCUACGCCAUGUACAAAUACCGCAACCGAGAUGAGGGAUCGUACCACGUGGACGAGAGCAGAAACUACAUCUGCAACUCUAACGGAGCGGCGCUGAAGGAGAAAAACACUGCAGACGAUGACAGCGGGACGGCCAGCAAGAGCAAGAAGAACAAAAACAAGGAGUAUUAUGUGUGAAUAAUCCUGCAAAAACACUUUCUGACCUGGAGUUUUUGUCUCGCUUCUUGUGCAGAUAUCUAAAGCAUCUUAAAUCAAGACGUUUUCUACGCAAGCAGCACAUAGUUUGCUUUAAGAAAUAAGGAGUCAAUGAGUUCUUCAUUAAAACAAGCUAAAUAAUGAGUAAAAUCAAGUCUUUAAAUCAAGCACUUCCUAUUUCAAAGCAAAAAGAAGAUUAUUUUAGAUUAUUUUAAGGAAAAACUCACUUUAUUUACUUAUUAUUUCUGAAAACAAGACUUUUUUGGUUGUCUGGAAAUUGCGAACAAAAAACUUAUGAUCACAUGUACACUUCAUUUACUUUUCUUCGCGUUAGUUCCUUUAUUAAUCAGGGGUCGCCACCCAACCGCCAACUAUUCCAGCAUAUGUUUUACGCAGCGAAUGCCCUUCCAGCUGCAACCCAGUACUGGGAAACACCCAUACACACUCACAUUCACUCACACACUCAUACAUUACGGCCAGUUUAGUUGAUCAAUUCCCCUAUAGCACAUGUGUUUGGACUGUGGGGGAA